CGAACGAGAUGGAUGCGUGAUCAUCAUAUAAUGAUGAUUAUCAACAACAGUUAAACUUUCAGCCAGACAACAACAACAGCAGCAGAGUGUGAGUGGCAGAGAGAGAGCGCCAAAAAAAGAGUGUGAGAGCGCUGAGAGUGAGAGAGCGAGCGAGACACUGUGUGUUCGUGUGUUUCCACUCACUGCACGAAGACGUCGAGCCGAAGGCUGUUCGGCUGUUCGGCUCGUGUACUCGGUGCUGUCGGUGUUCGUCGGUCGGGUCGUGUGUCGUUACCUGUAACUCGAAUCAGGUAGAGGCAGACAUGAAGGCGUUAGUCGUUCCACAGCGCUGAUCGAGUUGAAAUCUAUUUGCUGGGCAUCGAGUCGAAGAUCGAGAGCCGCAUAACAAACAACAACGACGACGACGACGCCAAGUGCCAAAUUCAAGUUAAUACAAAAAAAGUGAGCACACACAAAAUUGGCGUAAGAAACUAAACUUGACAACAACAACAACAGCAACAAGAAAAACAAAGAAACAAAAGAUUAACUCGGCAACAAAAUAAAACGCGUGUGUUACAACGACAAAUGUAUGAUCAAUCUAUAUAAUGCAAUAGUAGUUGAUGUGCGUGUGUGUGAGUGAGUGUGCGUGUAUGUGUGUGUGAGUGUGUGUGUGUAUCGCUGGAAUGUCAACUGACAAGUUGUAAAGGGAAACCCUGAAACACGAACUACAAUUUUGUACAUAAACAUAAAACAAAUCAAAGGCAACAACCAAAACACCAAAAUCACACAAAAAAAAUGCAAAGCAAAUCAAAUCAAACAAAAGAUACAACUACAAGCUCGGGAUUUGCAUAGCAACAACAACAACAACUCGAACAACAACAAAUAGAAAUCGUCGAAAUUAAACGUUUCGUGCGCCUCACUUUGCAUUUUGAUUUUUAUUUUGGCAUUUGGUUUGUUGUCACCUGGAAAAUAUGUGGAUUACUGUGCCGUCAGCAGAAACACCAACAACAACAACAACAACAGCAACAGCAGCACCAACCACACUCACAGCAGCAGCAACAACAACAACAUCAAGUACAGCAACAAUACAAACAACGACACGAGCGCGAUGCAGAGACGAGCGCGUGAAUAAAUCGCAAAUUGAAUGUAAAGUGUUGUCGGUGAAUUGAACAGCAAACAAACAAAAAACGAAAAACAAGAAAGCAACAAGACACAAAGUGCCAAUGCUUAGUGUAUCUGCCAGAUACGUAUCUGCAACUGCAACACAACUUGUGACAACAGCAACAGCAACAACAACGAGGAGGCAACAACGAUUGCGCCUCGAAUGCGGCAAUAAAAUAUUCAACAAGAACUUCAUCUAUUUCCUAUACAAUUAUCGCAAGCGAAAACUGCUCAAACUUCUCAAACUGAGGCACUGAGAUUAUUCGAUCGGACUGAAAGAUACUUGCUAUAUUGACAAAGCGUGAUUUAUUUGUUAAACCUUCGUUUCGACGGUAGCUACAAAAAAACAAUAUCGAAAACAGCUGUAAAUUGUGCAAAUAUCUAAACCAAAGCAACACAGCAACAACAACUACAACAACAACAACUACAACUGCAACUGCAGAUAACACACUCAAAGCCAAACAUCGUAAAUUCGUUAUAAAUCCGAGAGUGCGCACCCAAGUGUCAGUCAAUCGAUCAAUAUACGCGGCUUACAAUAUCAAAAAUCAAAAAAAGAAGAAAGCAAAACGUAAAUGGUAAAUAAAUAAAUAAAUAACGAUACAUGUUUUAAGCAUAAACUACAAGCAAAGUCUAGAUCCCGAGAUACGACAACAUAGGAAACUUUAUAAGACUGAGAGUUGCAAGCGACCAUGCGCGCAUGGCUUCUACUCCUCGCAGUGCUGGCGACUUUUCAAACGAUCGUUCAAGUUGCUAGCACCGAGGAUAUAUCAUCGAGAUUUAUCGCAGCGAUAGCGCCAACAACAACAACUACAACAAAAACAACGGCCAUAAUAAAUACUAAAACAACGACUACAGCAUUAGCUAAAGCAUUUAAGCCAUUUAACGAGUUGCGACUUAGCAACAUCGUCAACAACAACAACAACAACAACAGUGAUAGUGAUAACAACAACAACAACAAGAGCAAAAGCAAGAAGCAGAGCAAGAGCAACAAAAGUGCCGAAUUCAAACAGUUUAUCGGAGUGCAUAAAUCAAGAACAGACCAAUUAGAAAAUUCCAAAAAUAUCAAAAAUAAGCAUAAGCAACAUAAUUUAACUAACGACAAGCAACACGCUAAAACAACAACAACAACAAACAGCAACAAAAUGGCUAUCAAGGAGCAACAGCAACAACAACAACAACACAGACACAAAGCAUCCACAGAAUCUCAACAAAAAUCCGCCAUUGCGGAUGUGUUUGUCUUGGAUCCAGCGCUCACCAGAACCCACUCCUCCUCCUCCUCCUCCUCCUCCUCCUCCGCCGCCUCCUCCACUUCAUCAUCGAGCUCCUCCUCCGCCAUCUCAACAAGUUCCAGCUACGAUUCGUACUCGAAUACGGAUACAGUGCUGGGGGAAUUCGAGGCGCCUGGAAUUGCGGCCGCCAUCAUCGUGGAGGAUGAACCAGCCACGUACAGCAGCAAGGAGAUCAUCAAGGACAAAGUGAAACCAGAUCCCUCAACUCUAGUCGAAAUCGAAAACAGUCUGCUCUCGCUGUUCAACAUGAAGAGGCCGCCAAAAAUCGAUAGAUCCAAAAUCAUCAUACCGGACGCAAUGAAAAAACUCUACGCCCAAAUGAUGGGACACGAACUUGAUUCCGUCAAUAUACCUCGACCGGGACUAUUAACUAAAUCAGCAAACACAGUCAGAAGUUUUACACAUAAAGAUAGUAAAAUCGACGAUCGGUUUCCACAUCAUCAUCGGUUUCGUCUGCACUUCGAUGUGAAGAGCAUUCCCGGCGAGGAGAAGCUCAAGGCGGCCGAACUGCAGUUGACCCGCGAUGCGUUGAGCAUCUCCGGUCAGGUGAAUCGCAAUCGGACACGCUACCAGGUGCUCGUCUACGAUAUCACGCGGGUGGGUGUGCGGGGCCAUCGGGAGCCGAGCUAUUUGCUGUUGGACACGAAGACGGUGCGUCUCAAUCAAACCGAUACGCUCAGUCUGGACGUGCAACCUGCCGUGGAUCGGUGGCUGGCUACACCGCAAAAGAACUACGGUCUGCUCGUCGAGGUGCGAACGAUGCGUUCACUGAAACCAGCACCGCAUCAUCAUGUGCGCUUGCGCCGCAGCGCGGACGAAGCGCAUGAGGAUUGGCAGCACAAGCAGCCGCUGCUCUUCACCUACACCGACGAUGGGCGUCACAAGUCGCGCUCGAUACGCGAUGUCAGCGGUAAGGGGGGCGGUGGUGGCAAUCGUAAUCGUCGGCAUCAGAGGAAGCCGACGCGUCGCAAGAAUCGCGAAGAGGAUUGCCGACGGCAUUCGCUCUAUGUGGACUUCACGGAUGUCGGAUGGAGCGAUUGGAUUGUGGCGCCGCCGGGCUACGAUGCAUUCUAUUGCCAUGGCAAGUGCCCGUUUCCGCUAGCGGAUCAUCUCAAUUCCACGAAUCAUGCGGUUGUGCAGACCUUAGUCAAUGAUAUCAAUCCAGGGAAGGUACCAAAGGCGUGCUGUGUGCCCACGCAGCUGGAGGGCAUCUCUAUGCUCUAUCUCAAUGACCAAAGGACAGUUGUGCUCAAGAACUAUCAGGACAUGACCGUAGUCGGUUGUGGCUGUCGAUAAGUUACAGCGAGAGUUAGAUAGAGUUAAACUGAGCGAUAGAGAGAGAGAGCGAGCGAAAGCGAAAGAGCAUCAAAUGCUGUUUGGUUCCAAGCCGUCAAUGCUUUAAACACAACGCAAACAAAAUGGACUGAAUAUUUGAAUUUUAAGUGUAAAUCGUAGACUUUAAUUUUAUGUAGAGCGAAAUGCAGCCACGCCCAGCCGCCCCCCCAACCCCCAACAACAACAACACCACCACCGCAACAACAACAGCAGCAGCAACAGCAGCAGCAGCAGCAACCGCCUCUGUCACUUUCCACAGCCAGGCUUUGGAAAUGUUGCACAGAGCACAAACACACACACACACACACACAAACACAGCCAGAGCAGAAGAGCACACGAGAAACAACUGUAAAUAGCCGCAUCAACAAAAUCGCACCCACCUGCCCCCCUGCCCCCCUCGAUUACCACCCCCUCAACGUGUCUCCUGCAGCCAUAGCAGUCUCCUCCUGCCAUAGACCGCACUUUGAGAUACUUUUGUAUCUCGGCAGCUUUUGCAGAACGCUGCUGAUUUGAACAAAUUGUAUAAAAGCUAAUUGCUAAGCUAUGUUUACUAGAGAAAAGCGUCAUGCUUUUCCCACAGCCUAAUUGUUAAUAAUUAUUACAAAAAAGAAUUAUAUAAUAAACACAAAACACACAUCAACACACACACACACACUUGUAAAUUAAUUAAAAGAAAAUACUUUGAAAUUAUUUAGGCAACAUCUACAGAUUAAAAUAUAUAUAUAUACACUAUAUAUAGAUACACAUAGAUAUAUAUAUAUUGAAAUAUAUACUGCGUAUGUAACUCUCUUGUAUAUGUACUAAAACACACACACAUACACACAUUUACCCUACGAUACGAUACAAUAUCGAUAUAUGCAAAAACGGUAUUCAACUUUGUUCCCCAAAACUAAAUGUAAUUGUAUAAAAUUCACACCAACAACACAACUAAAUAUCAACUAAACUAUAAUCGUAACUACUAUACAUCUAAAUCUGAAAAUGGUAAUGAAAAUGAUUAUGAGUAGAUAAAAGGGAAGAGAUAAAUAAAAGAGUAUGAAGAAAACUAUCGUUUAUUGUUAUGCGUUUUAAGCUAAACUCGAAUAUAACCGUAAAUAUAUGACUAAAUUAAUUACUAGUAUAUAGUGUUAAUAUUUAAGCGCAGCAUGUUGAAAAAUAAUUAGUUAAAACAAAAAAACACACACAAAAACCUACAAAAACAAACAAAUAUGAAAUCGAAAACAAUUAUCGAAUCGUUUUGUGCCUGAAGUUGCAGAGCGCUAUCCCCCGAAAUCCUCCCUACCCCAUGUAUUUUGUAAUUUUCUUAUAAAUUUUAUUAUUUUAUUUAUUUAAAAACAAAACACUUUUUGAUGAAUGAUGAGCAAUGUGCUGACGACGACGAUGAUGAUGAUGGUGAUCAUAAUGAUCAAAGUUGAAAAAAAUAUAAAUGAAAAAAUUUUAUUAAAAAAUCAAAAACAA